CUGCGGCAGCUGGUCAUGCCUGAUGAUGUGAAUCUGCUUCAGUACAACGCUCCGUAAAAAGACGUCGAUUCUCGAUUCUGUUUGAUCUUCUGCGCUGCCUUGACUCCAAACAACCACCACACUCCUCCGCAAAAGAAUCAAGCUGCGGAUCUGAGCAUGGGGAGAGGCAAGAUUGUGAUUAGGAGGAUCGACAAUUCGACGAGCAGACAGGUGACUUUCUCGAAGCGUAGGAACGGACUGCUGAAGAAGGCGAAAGAACUUGCGAUCUUGUGCGACGCGGAGGUAGGAGUCAUCAUCUUCUCCAGCACCAGCAAGCUCUAUGAAUACUCCAGCACCAGCAUGAAAACGCUAAUAGAACGAUAUAACAAAACAAAAGAGGAGCAACAUCAGCUUGGGAUCUCGACUUCUGAGGUUAAGUACUGGCAAAGGGAAGCAGCAAUGUUACGACAGCAACUUCAGAGCUUACAUGAAAACCAUCGGCAAAUGAUGGGUGAAGAGCUGACUGGCCUUAGCGUCAAAGAUCUACAGAAUCUAGAAAAUCAACUAGAGAUAAGUCUACGUGGUGUCCGUAUGAAGAAGGAUCAAAUCUUAAUGGAUGAGAUACAAGAGCUAAACAGAAAGGGAAACCUUAUUCACCAAGACAAUAUGGAACUUUAUAAGAAGGUAAACUUAAUUCAUCAAGAAAACUUGGAAUUAUACAAAAAGGUCUAUGGAACAAAGGGUGCCAAUGGAGCACACACAAGCAGUCUAACAAACGGACUUGGCGUUGGAGAGGAGGCAGAUAUACCUAUCAACCUUCAACUCAGUCAGCCACAAAAUCAUAAGGCACCAGAAAGAGCUACAAAACUGGGCAGACUACAACUACCCUAGCAAAAAGAGACCUUACACCAACCAGGAAGAUGUUUCUUAUUUUGCAUCAAGAAAACGGUGUAAGGUUGCGACUAAUCUUUCAAUCAACGAAAUGUGGUAAAGUAACAGACCAUUUCAUACUAAAAGAAACCAGAUUUGUCAUGUUUGUGGUGAUUAAAACAUGGGUAUUGAUGUGAAGAGAAGGCUAUUGGCAACAAACAAUAAUUGAAAUUGCAUCAGCAUGUACACUUCAUUUCCAGAUAUCUCAACUCUUAA